UUUUGUUCACUGGGAUAUUAGAGGAAACCAAACGCACGGUGUGGCCCCUAAGCUGGAGGGUUGGCUUUUUGUUGCUGUAGACCUCAUAGUGCUCAUAGGAGUAAAUUGCAUAAAACCACCACUUUGAGGGCUAGGUUUGCGAAAAUCACUAGGAUACAGAUUCACUGCAGACAGCACCACGUCUAGCGUAUCUUUUGCAAAAACCACUGAUCGGCGGAUCGGGCCGUGUUAAGUGAGUUUAUGACAGCCGGGGCCCGUUUUUCGCCUACGUGGCACUCCAGGCCAUCCCGACAGCCGGCAGACGGCGUUAGAUGGCGCCGUUCAGUCCUAGCAGUCAAAAGCGCCAACCGUUAUUCCUUCUCCACUCUGCUGCUCGCUCUCUCCUCGCUCUCGCUCUGUUCUUGGUCGCCGCACCCGUCGCCGCCGCGCCGCGCCGCCGCCGCAGCGCCAUGGUGUCGUGGAGUGAUGGGUCGGAUAGCAGCGAGCACACCAGGCAGUACAUGAGCUCAGAUUCCGACGACAGCACCAUUAAGGUUCCUGCUAGCACCGAAGACUCAGAUUUCGAGGGCCCUGAGACAGAUAUGUAUGUUUUGUGCCAUGGACACGGGAAGGCAGCAGAAAGGCGUGUUGCUUUCGAAGGGAUUCACACUGGCAGGAGGUUUCUUUGUUGUGCAGAGAAGGAAGGUAAAAACUGUGGACUAGUAGAAUGGAUUGAUCCAUCUUGGCCCACUACCCUUGAGAAUGCACUGUCCAAGUUGUGGUCUAUGUAUGAACAGAGUAAGAUGGACAGGAAUGAGGAAUGUCUGAUGCAUUCAUUUACUGUUCAUGACCUGACACAAGAGAAGAAGAAACUCCAGGCCAGCUAUGAGAAGUUGGUUGAAGAUGUCAAUGCACUUAUGGAUGCCCAGGAGCAGAGGGCAGUGAUAGAAAGGAAAGAUGCUGAAACAACCAAGUUGCAGGAGAAGUAUGACACUUUGAAGAACAUAGCAGCUGCUCAAGGUACUGUCAUUAGGAACAUGAAGUUGAAGAUAGCUGAAGAGAAGAAGAAUUUGCAGAUCCACAUUGAUGAGCUCAAGAAGACAGUUGAAGAGAGCAAUGUGAAGCUGGAGGGCAUCAAGGCCAUCAUAAAAGGAUAA